GACAAAAACCAGAAAAAAAGUAUUUUGACUAUUUAGAAUAUUCAUGGUAUUCUGCUUUAAAUAAAGCUCCAGCCUGCAGAUACCGAAACCCUUUUUGUUUUCCUUUCGGUUCUCCAUGACUGACGUACAAAUUUUUCACAACUAUCUGAAAAACCCCUGGUGUUCAGACAAGCAAAACAACAUCACUCCAGCUCACUGCUUCUCCGCCCAGCCCUUGCCCCGUGCCCGCAGAAAGGGCUCCCGGUGAGCGCCCGAUGCCGGCUCCGGCGCUCGGCACCUCCAGUCCCCCUGGGGACUGAGCCCUUAGGGACCGAGCCGGAGAAACGCUCUGAUUUCUGAACCAAAUGAAUUUACUUACAAUUACCUAAUGCUUUUUACGACUAUUUUUAAAGUGCAUUUAAGAACAAACAUGUCUGAAUGGAGCGAUUUCACAGCUGAUAAUCUUUUAGCAACUCACACAUAAAAAGCUUCAAUUUAUAUUUUGGUGCGGAAAGUGUUCUUUCUCCAUUCUCAUUAUGCCUACAUGAAAAGGGGCUAAUUUACAUUAAAAGUUGAUAAGGAGUAUGGGAUAUUUCAGCCUCAUGGAAAGUCUAGUGCAAUGAGCUCUGGGUACUUUAGCACAACAGAAAUCCUCACAACAUUUGGAGAAUUUUGUCAUCUUGCUAGUACAGCCUGUCCAACACUGUAAGAGAUGUGUAAAUGGGGUGUGUUUGACAGAAGCAGGGUAAAACUUAAUAACAGGGCUUAAUGCAAACAAAACCAAUGAUCCCAGAGAAGGGACUCAGUGAAGGUCUAUAUAGGCAGGAUUAAUUCACACAUGACAAAUGAGAGAUUAGUUCACUGUGACUCCUGUUCAAUAAUCUGUUCCUCAGAAAAUUUUAGAAUUUCAUCACAGCUGCUACUAAUACAAUAAUAGUCUCCUAAAGCAUUUUUUCUUCCUGUCAGGACUCUGCAAUUUAUAAUGAAAAUACUCUCACUGUCAUGGGUAACUACAAAAAUAAAGGCCAUAAGCACUGUUUAUGUUUCACUGACAUUGUUUCAUGACUGCAUAACUCAGGCUUCCACUGCAUUUCUUUACUACUGCCACGUGUUUUCUUUGCAGAUCAAGGACCUUGAAGUCCUCAACUGUGAAUAUGGCAAGAAUACAAUUAAGUUCCUUCGCCUUCAUAAAGAAGGAAAAAAGCAGUUUGUUAAAGAAGUGGAAGUGUGUGCGCAUCUCCGGCUGACUUCUCCUCAGGAGUACCUGGAAGGAAACAAUUCUCUUGUGAUACCUACAGACACCAUAAAGAAUAUUGUUCUUGUGCUGGCCAAAAAAAAUGGGAUCUCAAGUUUAGAACAAUUUGCUAUAGAUAUCUGCAAUCACUUCAUGACAACAUUUUGCCAAGUGGCGUACGUCAAAGCCUACGUUCAAGAAGUACCAUGGCAACGUCUGCAUGAGGAUGGCGUUCCCCACAUCCACUCAUUCAUAUGUGUUCCUGACGGGAUCCGCUUUUGUGAAGCUGAGCAGUGCCGGAAUGGUCCUCUAAUUGUCUUUGCUGGAAUUAAGGACCUGAAACUUAUGAAGACAACACAGUCUGGAUUUGAAGGCUUCUAUAAGAAUGAACACACCACACUUCCUGAAAGACAUGACAGGAUUCUGUGUGGAGAGUUCUUCUGCAAAUGGUCAUACGGCGAAUGCAGGGAUUUUGACUUUAACUGCAUAUGGAAAAAAAUCCGUGAAUGUAUCCUUGAAGCCUUUGCUGGACCACCUGACUGUGGGGAAUAUUCACCCUCUUACCAGAAAACUGUCAACUGUAUCCAGAUGCUUGUCCUUUCCAGAGUGCCACAGGUACAGGUCAUAGAAGUGGUCUUGAACAACACCUUUUAUAAUGUUGUAGACAUGAAGAAUCUAGGCUUGACCAAUGACAAAGAAGUUUUGGUUCCAGUGGAAACUCCUUAUGGCUCCUGUACUUGCACACUUGGCCGGAAGACGUUUUUUGAAGCACAAAGCCAAAUGCUGAGAGAUGAGAGGAGAUGUCAGUUUGGACUGGCAGCUGCCCAGGGAAACUAAACCUCUUGGCUCUACUCAACCUUCCUGAUAAACUUAACAGCAUGGCUUUCCUAUCAAUGUUUACUCCUUAUUGGCCUCUUCCAUUGCUGACUGCUUUUCCCUCUAUGAACUCCUGAACAUGGGAUUUAUGAAGGACCCUCAGGAAAUUGGAAAUCAAAGUCUGUCCCUGACUUCCAGUGUGAUUUGCAGACUGAAGUGCCCUAAGCUCUUUGGAAAAUCCCAGCUGGAAACAUUGGGUAAUUUAAUUUUUAAACUAGCUAUUCCUAGACCUUUUAAUGAAACAAAUAAUUUGAUGUCUGUAACAUGUUUUUGACAUGUAAAAUCAGGAAAUCUCUAUAUUCUCUUUAUUAAUAUUUCUUCAGUAAGUUGAAUAUACAGGCAUAAGACCUGCUGUUUCAUUGACAUAACCUGUCAUGACCCCUUCACACCACACUGAUCUACAGAGCUGAUGUUCUGACCGAGUGACUGAACAGGGAAUCAGUCAGAAUCAGGAUUUCUUUAAGCAGAAGAUGAGAAAGAAAAAAACAAACAUCUCUCAUAUCUCCUUUGUGUUGUAAUAGUUACAACUUUCUCUGCAUGUAAUCUGACUGCAUGACUGCUGCUGCUACUCAUCAGACUGUAGUUACUAUAGUACUUUUACAUUAAUCACUGAGGUGAUUUGAGGGUUUGGGCUAUCUCUGUAGGUUUAAUUAAAUAGUUUUCUUUAUUCUAAUAAUCUUAUCAUGACUUCUGAGCAGGUAGGAGUCAACCUACGUAGCCCUAUUACAUUUGGGAGGGGUAGGGAGAAAACUAGACAGACAGAUAAUGCAUAUUUUACUUUAGUUACCCCAGGUGAAAGCUUUGAACAUCAGGAUAAAACAAUACAGUCAAUUAUUCUCGUCUCACAAACUGUGGCUACCACAUUUGCAACAGGAAUCAUCCUCAUCUUCCAACAGCUUCGAACUCUUUCACUCGUUUUCUCAGAGUGUCAUUUUCACAGACUCCAUGUGACAGAGUACAAAACAAGUGGGAAUUGCCCAAAGUAAAAACUGCAGUUAAGUUGCCUUUGUGCCUCCUGAGUUUGCAGACAUGCAGCACUGCUAUGGUACAAUCAUUAAAUUCAUAGGCACCAAAAAUAGGGGAGAUGUCCUGCUCUGUGUGAUAUUUUGAGGUGCUUUGAAAGAUAGAAACUUGCCUUGAUGAGCAGGGCAUAAGAGAUGCAAGAGAAGAACACUCCACCAGCCUGGCCUAUGCCCUGAACAGCAAGCAGGAAAAAUGACACCAUGGAGUGAGGCUGUCCCAGCUGUGAUGUCCUCUGGUCACCAGCCAAUUCUGAAAGCUUUAUUCACAACACUUCUAGCUUUUCCUGGGGAUGUUCUUGCUUACCUUCUUAGAUUGUGUUGUACUGUACUUGCGGGCUUAUGUCUUGCUACUUCUGUCACUUCUAGGCACUUUUAAUUUAUUAAUGUAUCUUUUAAAGGCAAAUAAAGAGCAACAUCAAAAAACAAAGUAGCUUUUGACUAUUUACUACCUAUAUAUAAAUGUGAACACUUUAAGUAAAAGAACUAUUUUAAUUCAUCAAAUUUCACCUCACAAAGUGACCAGUCUUCUUCCAAAUGACACUUCACUACCAGUAGAUGAAAAAGAAUCUUACUGAACAUUUCAGGAUUUGCCUCCCUCUGAAACAAAGCAGAGCUGCACAACCAACUUCCUUUCUACCUUAUAAGAAAUUUAUUGCAUUAGGCACAAGGUUUCUUUCAUUACUUUUUGUGCUUCAUUUGUGGCCCUGCAGGGUAGUGGUGGACUAUGGUAGAAUGAGGACACAAAGCAGUGAGCAGUUGUUUACUGAGCCAACAAACACACACACACACACACACACAGUCAGUGCAGUUUGUAUAAACCUCCACAGACAGGCAGACAUGGACUGUCUUUGGAGCAUCUCAGUGCAGCUCCAUCCAGCACUGCAAACCUGAGUCACUUACGUGGGCAGAUUGCUUCUAAAGAAAGCACUCAGGCAAUCGGAAGCAGCCCCAAUUUCCCAUAUGGCAACAAGAUUAGGGUAACAGUGGCAUAAAUCAGUCUUGAAAAUGUGAGUUAGCCAGACUCACUUGAUCUCACCAAAUUCCCAUUGGCUUCAUUAGAUUCAGCCUCCACGAUGGACUUCAUUAAUUUCAUUCAGACAGAUGUUUUUUCAGUUCCUGUCCUAAGGAGCUGCUCAAGUUGCUCACUGUGUUUUACUCAGAAGCAGCUGUGAUGCUUUGCUGACGCCAUCACACUUGAUGACAAUGAGCAGCAGCUAGCAGGUUGUAAAAUUGCUGUUUAAAAUACAACUUCUUGCUGAUAACAUGAACCUUGCUGGUCCUGGGCUACAUCCCAGUAUUCAUAGGGGAUGAAGUCUCCUACCAACAAACAGAGUAUUUCAAGUGCACAAACACAUUAUCUUUUUAGUCCCUGAUUCUUUCCCAUCCUGUUUCUGUUCAAUUCUGAUAACUGCCCAGGACAGUCCAGCACAGCCUGCCUCAGCUGCUCACCAUGCUCCAUGCACAACCAAUGUCACCCAGAUAAAAUGUACAAGCUAAACUCAUCAGCCAGUACCUAAAACAGAGAACAGAUGUCACUGUCAGGGUCAGGACAAGUCAUCUGUCUUCCCUGACUGUAUUAUUCUAUAUAUAUUGUUACCUGCUUUCCAGCAUACAUUUAAACCUGCCAGUUUUUAUUAACUAUUACAGCUACUUUUUUUUUCCUUCCUUAGAGUUGUCUUUUUCCUUUCCUAAUUUAACCUUGCUUUUAUCAAGAGUACAUAAUCUUGACUGUAAGUUAAGCUGAGCUACUUAAAGUGACCAAAAAACUGUUUCUGGCUAAAAAUCUCAAAAUAAAUACUUCUGAAUUUAGAAUUACACUAUUUUUAUAUAUACAGCAGCCAACCAUAUCUCUCCUGGAAAGUGUACAGCUGUAUCUAGAAAGGAAACAUAUGAAAUAUUUCCAGUUACUGGAUCAAAAAUAUCAGCUCACAUGUCAGCUACAACAUAAAAUGUUUUUUGAGAGCUUCACCAUUCAUAGCAGCCUGAGAAAGACACACACAAGUACCUGAGUGCAUGCACACACACACGUAUGUGUAUAAAACAUGAGUAUAAAUGACACUUACUAGAUCAGCUGAUGUAUGUAGGACUGAUCUAUGUCAAUCACAUCAGAAAAAAUGAUGAUCAGGGGUUAGUUGUUGCUAAAACAAAAAAACAACCCAAACAAUACUGGAGGGAUUCAAAAUUAGAUAAAUGAGGGGGUAGAGCAACCUUUGAUUCAGAGGGAAGUACAACAGAAAUUCAGAGUGCCUGAGUACUGUGGAGGGCUUCUGCCACUUCUCAAGUGUGGCAUUAGGAAUGAAUUUCUACAUUACAUCUGACUGAAAAAGACAAGAGUUCAAGUUUUCAUGACCUUAUACUCCUGCAAUGUUUUCAAAUCCUCUAGACACACAUAUUUCCAGGCAGGAAGGCCCAGGCAAACUGGGGUGGGUUAUUUAUGCAGAAGGGAGGAGGGAAUUUGAAGAGUGUCCUUGUGAAACAGGGUUGCUACACCCAGGCACACACCCAUUUCCACAUUUCUCUCCCCACAGUUUGGCCACCAGCUUGUGAACAAACUCACCCACAAGUUCCUUACUCUGACUUCCUUCCUCCUUCCCCAAUCCACUAAGAUCCACUAAGACAAGACAAAGCAAUGUUACUCUUGAAUCCAAAAGAUCAGUGCAAAUGAUAAGCCUUCCCUCCCUUGUCUGAUAAAAUUUAGCUGCUAAAAUCAGAGGCAUCCUCAAUAUAGUAAGUACCAAAGAGUGCACUCUAUAGAGGGGCAGCUGGAUUAUAGCAAUCAUCCAAAAAAGGGAAGAGAACAUCCUGAGAUGAAUGCAAGUCUGCCAAUGCCAAGACAUUUGCUGCUGCCUUAUCAGCAGAUCAGCUGAUAAUAGAGCACUUGUAACUGCUGACUGCUCCUUCAGCAAGGAUGCUCACGAGAGCAGCAUAUAAAUACAACACCAGUCUCCAGUACUCACCAGCAGCCUUCAGCAGCAAUGAAACCCUCACAUGGAGCCCAACAACCACUUACAGUCUUCAAGGUGCUCCCCUUGGCCUCUCCAGGUGCCUGAGGUUGCAUUUCCCAAAUUUAUAGCAACUAUAGACCAAUGUUAUUGUGGGAAUCGAACACACAUUGAAGAUCCAAAUGAACAUCACUAAAUCAACUCCCUAAUUAGAGGGGCUAAGCAAAAAGUAAUUUAAUGACCUUGUUACACUAUCAAAAAGAAGACAGACUUUCUCAAUAGGAAUGAAAGUUACUUAUUAAAUCAGUCUGCCCAUUCUUCCAAUGGAGACUGUCCCUGCCAGUGGGCUAAUGGCAGCCACUGUCCUCAGCACUUCCCUUGGGGAAACUGCUGUCCAAACUGAGCAACACAGAGGUGAUGGAAUGGGACAUGGCUGAGAUCCCUUGGAUCACAUCUUCAUGCACCAAGUCCUCUCAUUUGAUGAAGAAGCCAAUCCAUUGCCUGUGUAAAUUGCCCAAGGUGAAGGAGAGAGUAAAGCAGACCCUCCUCUGCAGUGCUCCACUCACCCUG